AUGCCCAAGGAGCAACGAGUCCUGUCAACUCACCGACAUUCACCAUUCCCAGCCGCACAAAUCAGACAAUCCAGGUCUGCAGAGCCUCAACUAGGUCACAGAAACACGGCCAAUUGGAGUGCUGCUGAUGACGAGGUCUUGGUCGCUGCUAGAGCGGCCGGUCUGAACUGGCAGUCCACUGCGUCGAAGCAUUUCCCCAACAAAACUGCGAACGCUUGUCGAAAACGACACGAACGACUGGUUGAGAGACGGACUCACGAGGAUUGGAACACCAAAAGACUGGACGUCCUUGCAGUGGAAUACAUGGAGCUCAGAAAAGAAAUUUGGGGGCCGCUUGCAGCCAAGAUUGGCGAGCGUUGGAGUGUGGUCGAAGCAAAGUGUAUGGAGAAGGGGGUGAAGAACCUGCAAUCAAUCGCACGUACUGCUCGCAAGACAUCUGCUCCCAGUGAGGAUAUUCCUGCCCCAAACAAGGAAGAGCACGAAGGCGAUUCCGGCAUAGGCUGUUCGGACGCUGAAUUGGAGCCAGCCGAUACCUCUAGGCCUGCUAUUCCGCCUCCCACAAGCUCAGCAUCGAUACAUGUAGUGCAACCUGCACUAGGGCUCACGCCAAACCAACAGACUGCAAUGUAUCACAUCCUGCCUAGACCCCCUCCGCUACCUUUGUACCAACCUCCGCCAACAGCCCAUGUCCGUAGCACCUCAGGUUCAUGCAGAUAUAUUCCUGCUGGUCCAUCUGUCAGCAGCCCUCCUGAGCGAGAGCGUACACCGGACAAUUCAACGCAGCGGAGUGUCAGUAUCCAGUCUAUGCUUUCCCACACACCCGUGCCCACUGCCUAG